CAAGAGGCGCCUCCCCGCCGCCGGUGCGCGCUGAGCGCAGGCCAAGCUGCAGCAAGCGAGCGCCGUGCGCGCGCGAGGGAGAGAGAGAGAGAGACAGAGAGCGCCAGGCGGCGGCGAAGAAGGCGCAGAGAGAGUCUCGGGCAGCCCCGGCGCGGAGGGCAGGGCGGCCGGUCGGCCAAGGCGGAGCCGCGCCUGCGUGCGUCAGGCCCCAGCUGUGGCAACUCGGCAAAGUUCCGCCGAGGCUGGGCGAGCGGCGCCCGGGAGGCGAGCCGAGAGCGAGCCGGAGCUCGGGCAGGAGGACGCACGGCGCUUUCCCCGGCGCGCAGGGGGAGCGCGCCGAGGAAAAGUUUGUGGCGCGGGCGGCGGAGCGGUGGCGCCGGCUUCCCAUGGAGGGAGCGCAGCCCCAGCCGGAGAGAGGCGGCGGCGGUUGCGCGCAGCCCUGAGCGGCGACCGGUUCCCGAGGUGUCUCCAUGGUGUCCCCUCGUCGCCAUGGCCAAAUGGCUGAAUAAGUACUUCAGCCUGGGCAACAACAAGACCAAGAGCCCCCCGCAGCCGCCCAGGCCGGACUACCGGGACAAGCGCAACGGCACGGCGGGCGCGGGCGGCGCAGGGCACCACAGCCACCAUCACCACCACCACAGCCACCACCACACGUCGCCGUGCUUCCCGCGCCACGACACCAGCGACCUGCUGCGCGCCUACCGCGCGCAAAAGGAGCGAGACUUCGAGGAUCCCUACAGCGGGCCCGGCUCGUCGCUGCGCAAGCUGAGAGCGCUCUGCCGCGCCGAGUACUGCGCGCCCGAGGAGCUGCUGGUGGAGCCGCCCGCCGCCGGCCCCAAGCCCUUCUCGUCGGCGUCGUGCUGCGGCGGAGAGGGCGGCGGCGGCGGCACCGGCAGCAGCAGCAACCCGGCCGUGGCGUCCGCUUCGCCGCAGCUCUUCCGCAGCCACAGCGAGCGGCGAGCGGCCACGCCGCCCGACGCCGCCGCCUCCGCCGUCAAGUACAUCUCGCCCAAGCACCGGCUGAUCAAGAUCGAAAGCGGCGAGGGCGGCAGGGGCAGCGGCGGCGGCGGCGGCGGCGGGUCCCCCGUCACCUGGAGCCCGUCGGGAAGCGGCCGCAAGAAACUCAACAAGUGCCCCGAGCAAGCGGAGGGCGGCGGCGGCGGCAGUGGCGGCUCCGGCACCAAGAAGGAGAAAGUCCUAAUAGCCGAUGACUACUCAGACCCUUUUGAUGCCAAAAGUGAGGGCAGCAAGACAGGCAAAGGAGAAAACACUGGCUACAUGGAACCAUAUGAAGCCCAGAGGAUCAUGACAGAAUUCCAGAGGCAAGACAGUGUGAAGCCCCAGCAGAAAGACAUCCAGCUGUACGACACACCUUACGAACCUGAAGGCAAUGGCGUGGAGUCGGAUUCUGAAAGCGUCGUGAGUCAGCGCUUGAGAGAGAGCAAGUUGCCACAGGACGACGACAGGCCUGCAGACGAAUACGACCAGCCGUGGGAGUGGAACAAAGUCUCCAUUCCAGCUUUAGCAGCCCAGUUCAAUGGGGGAGAAAUGAGGCAGUCUUCACCUUCCCCAUCUUCGAACGAUCGGCGUCGACAGCUUCGAGCACCAGGGGGAGGCUUCAAACCUAUCAAGCAUGGUAGCCCUGAAUUCUGUGGAAUCCUGGGGGAGAGAGUGGAUCCGACCAUCCCGCUGGAAAAACAAAUAUGGUAUCAUGGCGCAAUCAGCCGGACAGAUGCAGAAAACCUCUUGCGGUUGUGUAAAGAAUGUAGCUAUCUAGUGAGGAAUAGUCAAACCAGCAAGCAUGACUAUUCACUUUCAUUAAAGAGCAACCAAGGGUUUAUGCACAUGAAGCUGGCGAAAACCAAAGAGAAAUACAUUUUGGGCCAGAACAGCCCCCCGUUUGACAGUGUUCCGGAAGUGAUCCACUAUUACACGGCAAAAAAACUCCCAAUAAAGGGAGCCGAACAUUUGUCGCUCCUUUACCCUGUUGCUGUCCGGACCUUAUAAUUUUGCGCUCUGGCCCGUGCUCCUCCUUCCUGUGGAUUGGAGAUGAGGGGUGCAGCAGCAAAUGUGCUCCUGCGCCGUCUACAGCGAUGCUUCUUGGGACAGAUGUCCAGUCCUGCCUCCCCAGUAGCAGGCUGUUGUAUAGUAAUCAUUGCACUACUUUGCAUGUCCUGUGUGGAAAUACUGGUUUCUAUUUAUAUGAGAAAGAAAUGGCGUUCAGCCGCUUGAAAGAAAUGCAGGAAUACCCUCUCCCACGUCAAUGGAAAAGUUGCCAAAUCCAAAGAAUGGCCUUCAAACUUUCCUGAGAUCAGCAAGCUUGACAUCUUCUCGCCCGUGGGUGCAGAAUAUUCCACGUAUCGAAGCAGAACCUGCAAAAUGGACGCAAACUGUUAUGGCGGGAAGGCUGAACGAGAAACGGCCCGUUGGCCUUCCUCAAACCCUCAAGGCCUGAGAACUGUUUAUUAGGCACCCAACCCCAAAUUUGUGUCGUCGUUUUUUCUGCACAGUUUAAUUCAACAUGCGAGAGCUUCACUUUCGUUUUGUUUUGUUACAAUGAUGAUGUGAUCUGAAAAUCUCGAUGAGUAAUUUUGCGACAGUGAAACAGAAACACAAACAAACAAAAGUUCAGUUAUUUAUGAAUAGGGUAUGUACUAAAAUAGUGGUUUAAUAUAUAUAUAUUUUUAUCCCCCUUCCCCUUUUUUUGGUACAAUAAUAAAGCUCUAAGGGUUUUCUGUGCUGAUUUCUAGAUUAAAGGCAGUGAGUUCUGUUUUCUGUUGUGUACGUACAAUGUGAGCUGUGGUGGUUCAGUGGUUUCCGGGUAGGGUGGGGUCAUUACAGAGGAAGUUGAUGUUUACACGACCAGAUUUCGGACCCAAAAGGGCUUCUGCAGAGCAAGCUUCCUUGAGCUGAUGAUGGCACCUAAGCCAAUAGUAGCCUUCCAUCUAGAUAUCCAACAAGCUGGAUUCUCAUCCAUCUCAGGGGUGGUGUAGGGGAAAGCGCAUGAAGAACAUGAUUCUGCUUCUCCAGCUGAGAUGUGCAAGUACAUCAUGUAGCGUAAUAUAAAUCGGGGCUGUUUUCCGACUCGCGAUCGUACAGCUGCGGCUAUCCUGUUAUGCCCACGCGCAAAAUGUGUCUUGUUGUUACUGCUCCUCUUCUGCCUUCGUAACCAAUUGGAAAAGCUCUUGUCCUUCGCAGUGCAAGUGCAGUUGGCUUUCUACCUCAUCUUUAAAGCCUAGGUCCCUUCCCCAUCCCCAUCCAGUAUAUUCUCUGUUCCUGUUGAACAGGAAGACUGGUUAGCUGUAACUUAAGAGCAGAACUUAACAAGAAAAGGCCAGGGCCACAGCACAAAGCAGCAGCCCCUGGUCAGCUCCUUCCCUCUACCUUUCUGACAUCAGUGUUGCUUACCCUGAGAUCCCAAGGGUGUGUGUUUUCAUGGCAACAGCAGCCAGUGAAGCAGAUCAGAGGGGGUGGAUGUGCACCACACAUUGGGGUUGGGUCAUGGGGUAAUGGAGCUGAAACUCAACGCUGGGCUGGGCUGCCAUCUUCAGCUGCAAGCCCCAUGUUUCCCUGUGUCCACAUUGCUCCAAUAAUAUGGGCUUUGCAACAAACCUUGAGGCUGGUCCACUGCAUUAACCCUUCCCGUAGCACUGUGCAUUUCUCCAUUGGAGAUCCAAGUUGAGAGACUUGCUGUUUUCUCUCUUUUCAGACUUUCAACAUGGAUGCGAAAUUGGCCUGUUUUUUAAAAAAAAAACAAAAAACUGGACUGUCUUUCAAGCAUACAACUUCCCUUCAUUUUUGUGCUGGUUUGAAAGUGUUAAUGGAAUACGCAUUAAUUCAACACUUGUGUAAAAUACUGCUUCGUUGUACUGUACAAAUGUGAAAAGAGAAGUCAUAUACAUGGUGUCUCUUGUUGGCUAGUUCAUUUUAGCCCCGUAUGGACCAGUUUCCAAGCUGGUAUUAAUUCCAAGGUUCUGUUUUUACCUGUUUUGAGGACAAAAAAAUAAACCUCUGUAAAAGUGUGUGUGGAAUCAGCUGCCGAUAAUCUAAAUGGAAAUGUUCAAACUAACUGUGCAUGCCAAGUGUCUGUCUGUUGUCAUUUGGUUUUUUUUUACAAAUAUUGUGGGGUUUUCUCCCUAAAUGGAGUAAAAUAAUCCAUUUUUUUUUAAAAAAAAGCAUUAAAACAA